AUGAAGUGGCAGAAUCUGGCGUUGGAAGCUACGACAGACACCCGAUCCGAAGAAGUGGAGGGCAAGAUCCCGCUGGUGCCCAUGGUGGAGCGGCCCGAGUACGAAGCUCCGCGCGCAAUACUCCAAAGACCGAAGACGAGGUUGAUCCAGUGUCGGAAGGUCGAGACGAGUCAGGAUCAAGAAAUGCCUGACUGCCUACCUUCGGACAAGUCGCCGUCGGACAAGUCGCCGAUCAACUACAUUCGAGAGGUCAAGAUCAAGGAAUAUCGCCGUCGAAAUGUGGCGGAUCGGACCCACCAUCUACAAGCUGGGAAGGGACCUGUGACGAGUGGUCCGUUGAACGACAAGGGCGCCGCAUCUAUGUCGCAAAAAACGGACAUCGAUCCAACACCUGUUGUUGAAGAUCGACCAGGCGCAUCGGAUCUGGACGUCACCUGGGGUUCAGAUCAAGAUUAUGAUGAAUGUGUAUACUACCAUGAAGGAAGUGAUCUGUACGCGGAAGAUGUCGACGGUCAGAUGGCGGUACUGCCAGAAGUGCCCAUGACGACGGAAGGUGUGAAAAUCGAGGACAUUCAGCUAUGUGGAUCUGAUAAUCAGACCCCAGAAGAGAUUUUUCGACUUCGCCAAAAGAUCUGGAAGUUCCGACAUCUCUUGAUCGGCAAGGGGAAUGCCCUUCCGCCGACUGCCAGUGGUGUGGUGUGCGAUAUCGACGUCGGAGGAGCGAGGCCUAUCGCCCUGAAGUGCCGUAAGUUGCGGAUCCAGUUCAGGGAGAAGCUGGCCGACUUGAUCAAGGGUCUAUUGUCCGCCAAGAAGAUCAACUACUCUAGAUCACCAUGGGCUUCCCCGAUCGUGGUGAUCAUGAAGAAGAAUGGAGUGGAUAUCAGGUUGUGUAUCGAUUAUCGGCUGGUUAACAGCUUGACUCAGCUAAUGAUCUACCCAAUGUCCUUGAUCAACGACCUAUUUGAAGAUUUGGAGUCGACAUUUUGGUACUGUUCUUUGGAUAUGGCGAGUGGAUUUUGGGUAGUGAAAAUGACGGAUCGAGCUCGAUUGAUCUCGGCUUUUAUUACUAUUUGA